AACAAUGGGGAAGAUAAUGGCUGCCUGAGCAACGUCUCCGAGCAGGUGCUGGACUAGAGGCGGGUCUCAACCAGCGACUCGUCGGAGGCGGGUUUGAAAGCGGCAGCAGGGGAGGCGCGGAGCAGCCUCGGCGGUGGCGGCCGAACCGACCAAGUCAGAUCCUGACCCUAAAACUGAAGCAGAGAGUGAAGAAAACUAAAAUCCAGUUUAUUGUAUUUCAAUACUAUGUCAUAAAAGUCAGGUAAUUUUCCACUUGUUCAUCAAGAUGGAAAACUCUGAUUCUAACGAUAAAGGAAAUGGUGAUCAGUCUACUGCACAGCGCAGAAGUCAGAUGGACCGAUUGGAUCGGGAAGAAGCUUUCUAUCAAUUUGUGAAUAACCUGAGUGAAGAAGAUUAUAGGCUUAUGAGAGAUAACAAUUUGCUAGGCACCCCAGGUGAAAGUACUGAGGAAGAGUUGCUAAGAAGACUCCGACAAAUUAAAGAGGGUCCGCCACCACAAAACUCAGAUGAAAAUAGAGGUGGAGACUCUUCAGAUGAUGUGUCUAAUGGUGACUCUAUAAUAGACUGGCUUAACUCUGUCAGACAAACUGGAAAUACGACAAGAAGUGGACAAAGAGGAAAUCAAUCUUGGAGAGCAGUGAGCCGGACUAACCCAAACAGUGGUGAUUUCAGAUUCAGUUUAGAGAUAAAUGUUAACCGUAAUAAUGGGAGUCAAAAUCCAGAGAAUGAAAGUGAGCCAUCUGCAAGACGCUCUAGUGGAGAAAAUAUGGAAAACAACAGCCAAAGGCAAGUGGAAAAUUCACGAUCUGAAUCUACAUCUGUAAGGCCAUCUAGAUUAGAACGUAAUUCAACUGAAGCAUUAACGGGAGAAAUCCCACCUACGAGAGGUCAGAGGAGGGCAAGAAGCAGGAGCCCUGACCAUCGGAGAACCAGAGCCAGAGCUGAAAGAAGUAGGUCACCUCUGCAUCCAGUGAGUGAAACUCCGCGAAGAUCUCACCAUAGUACCUCAUCUCAGACUGUGGAGCAUUCUUUGAUAAAUGAGACCGAGGGAAGUUCUAGAACCCGGCACCAUGUGACACUGAGACAGCAAAUAUCUGGACCUGAGUUACUAAGCAGAGGUCUUUUUGCAGCUUCUGGAACAAGAAAUGCCUCUCAAGGAGCAGGUUCUUCAGACACAGCAGGCAAUGGUGAAUCCACAGGAUCAGGACAGAGACCUCCAACUAUAGUCCUUGAUCUUCAAGUAAGAAGAGUUCGUCCGGGAGAAUAUCGGCAGAGAGAUAGCAUAGCUAGCAGAACUCGAUCUAGGUCUCAAACGCCAAACAACACCGUCACUUAUGAAAGUGAACGAGGAGGUUUUAGGCGUACAUUUUCACGUUCUGAGCGGGCAGGCGUGAGAACCUAUGUUAGUACCAUCAGAAUUCCCAUUCGUAGAAUCUUAAAUACUGGUUUAAGUGAGACCACAUCUGUUGCAAUUCAGACCAUGUUAAGGCAGAUAAUGACAGGUUUUGGUGAGUUAAGCUACUUUAUGUACAGUGAUAGUGAUUCAGAGCCUAGUGGCUCAGUCCCAAGUCGAAAUAUGGAAAGGGCAGAAUCACGAAAUGUAAGAGGAGGUUCUGGUGGAGGUAGUAGUUCUGGUUCCAGUUCAAGUUCCAGUUCUAAUUCCAGUUCUAGUUCUAGUCCUAGUUCCAGUUCCACUGGUGAAAGUUCAGAAUCUAACUCAGAGGUGUUUGAAGGCAGUAAUGAAGGAAGCUCAUCAUCAGGAUUAUCAGGUACCAGGCGAGAGGGUCGACAUAGGGCCCCAGUCACAUUUGAUGAAAGUGGUUCUUUGCCUUUCCUUAGUCUGGCUCAGUUUUUCCUCUUAAAUGAGGAUGAUGAUGACCAACCUAGAGGACUCACCAAAGAACAGAUCGACAACUUGGCAAUGAGAAGUUUUGGUGAAAACGAUGCAUUAAAAACCUGUAGUGUUUGCAUUACAGAAUAUACAGAAGGCAACAAGCUUCGUAAACUACCUUGUUCUCAUGAAUACCAUGUUCACUGCAUUGAUCGCUGGUUAUCUGAGAAUUCCACCUGUCCUAUUUGUCGCAGAGCAGUCUUAGCUUCUGGUAACAGAGAAAGUGUUGUGUAAUUAAGAUUUGAACUCUCAGCUAUGUAGCUGGUAUAGUGAUGGGCAAACAGGAAUCUCUUGCUUUUAUGUCCACUUUUUGAGUGGUACUUAAAUGUAAAGUAGCAACCUGAAUUGAGUCAUUGCUUUCUGAAGAAAUCACUGUCCUUUCUCCAGUUUUUGUUCUAGAAUAAAAGGAAAUAUUUAAAAAGCAAUGUUUUAGGAUCUAAAAAUCCUGAUUCCAGUACCAGGUGAAUUGGUAGCAGCUCUGUUACUGAUAAUUUAUCAUAUACACUUGUCCGUUUCUCCUUUGUUAUCUUAAAAGAUCUGCCUUAGCAAUGGCUCUUGUCUGUUUCAUAUUGAUCUUUAAAGUUUUCCACGCCAUAGGAGAGAGGGGCGGAGGAAAUUCCCAGUUUAGACUAAGUUACAGUCCCUGUUUCAUGAGUGAUUACUUAGAGCUGUAUCAUUCCCAGUUAUUAGUUGAUGCACAUUCAGCCACAUUCUGAAUAUCAUUUAUUCACCUUUCAGACUAGAUGAUAUCGGACAUGUCAGUGUAAAUAACACUAAGAUUAGGAUCUUCUAAGUGUAUAACUAUUUCCUAAGCCCGUCACUAUGGCGCACUGUAGAGUGAGCUUGUAGUUUAAUUGAGAUAAUUUAUCUUGUGGAAAUACUAAAAAGCCUAUGCUUGUGUAAGUGAAAAAAUUACAUUCAUUUGUUUAAAAAUGUAAAGCUAUUUUGUAGAGGCUCAGUACUUUUCCAAUGCACUGUUAUAUUAAUGCAUUAAAAAUUGUAAAGUACCAUGCUUAGAAAUGAGAAAACUGCUUUUUGUGAGCCAACAUAGUAAAAAACACACCAGACAAAGUACAAAGCUGCUUUUGUAAGCGUAGAUGUCAAGAGCAGAACAUAUCUAUGAUAUUUAAUGUAUGUGAACAGCUACUGUGACAUGCAAAGGAAAGGACAGUGCAGAAUCAAACUGCAUUAAAGACCAGUAAAAAUUAUGUAUUUUAACUUGGAUUUAGGCAGGAAGUGAAAGAUGGGAAGUAAAGAAAACUGCUCUGAAGAAUUUAUAAUGUUCAUGAAGACAGAAAUAAUGCAGACAUGAACUGGUUUCAUGUGGUGAGAGCAGCAGCAGCAGCUUGAUCUAGUAUUCUACCUGAGUAGAUGAAGCAAAAGAUCAGCAAAUUUGGCAAAGAUUUGGUUUAAGAAAAACCACUACCACCUAGCACAAGUUAGAUGUUUUUAUAAGUCUUCUCCUCAAAAAAAAAAAAAAAAAAAAAGAGGAAAGAGACUAUAAACCACUUUUAGCAUACAAAUUACAGUUGGUACAGAUGUGUGUGCUAAUAGGAAAAUCUCGAAUUUGCUUUGUUUUCGAGAUUUAUCAUUUAAGGUACCAGUGCACACUUGUUAAUAUUUAAUUUCUAUCUAAUGCCUAACAUCUCACAUUCAAAGAUCAGUUGAAGAUUAAAGAAUUUUUAUCCUUUGUUUGAAAUGAGUCGUGUUGUGUUAUUUGAAAUUCAAAUUUUUAAUUGUGCUGCCCAUAUUUGAAGAUGAGGCUGCUGACUCACUAUCUAUGGACAUGCACUUUAUAUUGUUUUCUUAGUAGUAAGAAUAGCUUUGUGAUAACUCUAGUACUCUCACCUAAUUUCUUUUUUGAGGCCAGUUGGGGUUAGGAUUAGCCUGACUGUGAAGCAAAUACUUGUUUUUCUGGGAAAAGCUAACAAGCCAAAAGAAGAAUUGAAUAGGUCCUUGGCCUUUAAGAGAGCAAGCUAACUACCCAGACAUGGUCAGAUAUUCUACAAAAAUAACACAAAAGUCUUGUUACCUUCACUGCUAUCAACUUUGCUGUAAAGAUUAUUUCAAAGCUCAUUCUUAAAUGUUUUCUUCUGGCUUUCAGUCCUACCUAAGCAUCAAGGAAGUUAACUUGUAAAUAUGGUAGUUGUUUACUAAGGAUAUGUACUGCUCUUGCAAGGAAAUAAUGUCCAAACAAAGCUUCACAUAUUUUUUUUAAUAUAAGCAGAUUUCACUGUUUAUGGCGCUUAUGUAAUACAUUUUAUCUUUUAAAAAAAUUGUCCAUGUAAAAGUCAGGAUUCCUUUAUAUUUGUGAGCAUCCUUGUCUCCUUUCCUAAGGGUGUAAUCUAUAGUUUUCAGAUCUGCAGGGUAGUCCUGAUUGGCUAAAAACAAAUCCAUUUUCUUGGCAUAAAAUGGUUAUUUCAGAUAGUUUAAAAACUACUGCAGUACAUCCUAAGCAGUUGUUGACAAUAGGCACCGCCUUAACCUCCCAAGAUGUGUUACUCAUUUGUGAAGUAUUAAAGUAAGAUUGGUAACUCAAACAGAUCGCUGGUUAUGAAUGUAGAUACUAAAGCUUUUCAUAAACACUGGAAGUAGAAUUUUAAGCUUUUAGCCAUUAGUAGAAUGCACAUAUUGGACAUGUGGACACCUUUUUCAAUAGCACUCGUUAAUUUCCAUUGGAUUGUGUAGAAUGAAUACAAGUAUUUUAGUGGAAUUUGCUACUUUUUAAUUUUGUGAGGUUCAUGAUUAAUACCUACUAUUGUUGUGGACAUUAAAGACAAGGUCAUAUGUACGUGGAAGAUCUACAAUGGAGAACAAUCUUUUCUUCACCAGCAUCCAAACACUAUCGAGGGAGUGUUUUCUUGCAAAAAGACUUUACAUUUCAUAUCUUUGCACUUUUUCUUUAUUACAGAAAGGUUCUGUCUCUAAGACCUAGUUUGAACUUCAUGCAGGAAUAAGAACAAGAAAAAAUGAUGUUGGGAGUUUGCAUUAUUCAAAGCAUAGGGAAAAGUACUAAAACCUGAAUUUCAUUAACUAUUUUGGAUGUUUUUACGAAUUCACUUACUAGUCUAAAACAUUUGAAGUGAUUUGUUGUUUGACUCCAAGCAGCUACAGACAAGGUUGAGAUUUAUUAGUACUAUUAGAAACAAAAUUGAACAAAGGUUAAAAGUUUGCAUCUGUAGCAACACUAGAAGAUGAGCCAUGUUGUUAAUUUGGGAUAUUUGCUCUAAAAUGAACAUAAAUUUAUACCUCAGUGAUGUUAAUGGAGGUGGGGAUUGAGAAGAGUGUUCACAUUAGUGUUGGAAUGUAUGUAAUAAUUGUACAGUUCAUCGGAGAACCUUUAGUGCCAGGAGAUACAUGGGUUCAUUGAGUGUGUAAUGUAUACACACAGUCUUUUAAGAACAUGAUUAUUGAAAUUCAUCCAAACUUUAGGAAACUGGUUUAGCUGUAUUACCUCAAGUAACGUCCCCACCCGUGGGAAAACAUCUUUUCUGUGCCAAGUAUUCUCUCCUAGGCUGUGUCCCUGAUUAUAUUUAUGGAGGGUUAUCACUUAGUAUACUUUGUAUUUAACCAUCUGCCUCCCAUGUGUCCACCACGUGAAAUGGGUUAAGCAUCAGCAUUGACUUUCACUUCUCCAAAUACCCACGUGACAGGGAGGUAAAUGUUGUAAAAUGCCUCCUAAAAGAUUUUUACAACUUGCUAGGAUUCAGUGGCACCUUGUGGUUAUUAAUAUAUUUUUUUAAAGAUGGAGGAUAAUUUUAUUCUCCCUUUUCUCCUUUGUUCUUUUGUGAACGAAAAAAUUCAUAAUCUGCCUUAUUUGAUUUUUUUUUUUAAAGUUUUACUGGCUUCCCUGUGAAAUGUUUUACCAAUAUUAAGUACAUAGAAGCCAUGUUUGCAGGGCACUUUUAUUCUUUCCUGGUCUUAUAAGACUAUGUUAAUUGCUACUUUCUGAAGUAUUCUAUACUUCAGUAAUGCAAGAGAUUGAUGAGGCACAUGUUAAAGUGUCAGGUGGGUUUUUUUCCCCUAAGUAUAGUAGAAUUCUUCAGUAUGUUUACUAUUCAUUAGCAGUGUUUUUGUUUUUGUAAAUUGUGUGCUUUUGAAAAUGUAAAUGAACAUACAUGCUUCAUUUGGAAAGUUAAAAGUCCAAGGAACUAGUAUUUCACUUAUUCUUAAAUCCGAUUUUUAAUAAGCAACUAAGAACUGCUGUGAGUUCAGUACCUGCCCUUUAAAAGUUUUAGCAUUUUGAAAUUAAGAAUUUGUUUCCUUAACUGGAACAGUUCUAAAUUAUCUAAUAUUUCCAACAAGUGAUGGUCUCAUUUGAGUAACCCUAGUUAGUAUUUUAAAUUGUACAGCAUUAAGUAGAGCUGUUAUUGGGGUGUUAGAAUUCUCAAGUGAUGAUCUUGAAACAGUUUGUAUCAUUUUAUGGUUCUUUUCACGUCUCCAUUUAGAUCUGAAUGAAACAGGCAUACUCUUCAUUCUAAAAAUAACAGUGAGAUACUUGUUUUUUAUUAAUAUUUGUUUACUGAAAUUCCUCAAGCUUCUUUAUGGUCACUUGAGUAGUAGUUAUCUUAAAGACAUGCAGUGAAAUCAGACCUUAUCAUACCACUGUGCCUCUUUAUUUCAAGGUCCUCCAUCAGUUCCUCAUCUUGCAGAUUGAUCCCAAUACCAAGGUAUGGUCGAACCAGCUUCCCAACCUUAACUCUACUUAGUGCCCCAUCACUACUAUUUUAACUGAUUUGUAUGUGUUUUAACUGUCCAAUGUUUGGUUCUUGCCUCUUGAUAGAUCCAUUUGUCCCUGGUGCUGCUUUUAAAUAUUUAGGGCCAUGUAAUGAUCAGGUAUUAAGUUGAGUAGGUACGCAUUGGCCUGGAUAUGUAUCUGUGCCUGUUGUAUCUUCUCCCAGGAAGAGCUGCUUUGGUAUAUAGAUGUUUACUUGGAUUCAUGUAAAGAACCGGGUGGCAAUCUAGGAAAGCUUUCUGAAGCCUUUAAGAGCCUGAAGUUUUGGAGGGGAGGACAGUAACAAAGGCUGCCUUUAUGUCUUUGAACACAAAGCACAUAAAUGUAUGUUGUGUAAAGACUUAAGUGAUUAUUGUACCAGGGCUUCCUGACCUCUGGGAGAGAUGCAAGAAGCAGAGAGGAGCACAAAGUGAAGUGAAUUUGGUUGGCUUGUUUUAUCUUGUUUCUCAUUUUCUUUCAGUUUAAACUUGAACAUAACACUCUUUUCCAAUAUCUACCCAGCAGAUUCCUGGUUGGGAAGCCCUGUAUUAAUUUUGAGAAUGUACCCAGUUUUCUUUUUGUACAGUGCUUAAACUUGCUAAAAUUUAAUUUGUUUAAUGCAAAACAAGACCUUGAAAGGUCAGUCAUAUUAAAGCUGGUUUGAUUAUUAAUAGUUAUCUUUUAGGAAGAAGCCUUAUCCCUAUGUAAGAUGUCAUACUGCAGAUUUAAAAUAUAGACUAUCAAUAAAAUGCAUGAAGUGAU